CGAUUCCAUUCCUUAAACACCCACCAAACAUAACUUAUUAUACGCUCUAAUCCCUUUAAAGCCAACUGUUUUUUUUUUUUCCCACUCGUGAUGUGCUCUGAGAAUCACCAAAAAUAAAUAGAUAAAUGGGUUUCAGUUCGAUUCUGUGCCCUUCUUCCAAUUCGAUUCUCAGUCUAUUCCUUCUCUAUUCUUGUUUUUUUGGCCUCUGUCAUAUGUACGACGAACUGGGUUACAACACCUUCACCGUCUCCAGCUUUAGCUAUCCUCGGACCACGCUCAGGCCCUUUGAUUUGCGCUAUAUUAGAGUUGAUUUGCCAUCAUGGUUCUCUUCAAUGUCUAUAGUGUUGAACUCGGAUGUAGAGCUCGAUGCUGUAAGCAUAAAAAAGGCUCGUCCAAGCAUGCUGCCAAUUAUUUGCUUCAGAGAUGGUAGCCCCCCACUUCCAGAUGUCUCAAACAUUUCUCUAAAUGAUUCAGUGUUAGUUCCCCUCUCUAAUGGCUCGUUUGGAGGAAUUCAAGCUCUUCAGAAUGUGGAGCAGUGCUUUCCUAUGCAGAAAAAUAUCACAAUGAAGUUGACAAAUGAGCAGAUAUCUCCAGGAGCUUGGUAUUUUGGUCUUUUCAAUGGCGUUGGACCUACAAGGACACAGUCAAAAAUGAUUGUCCGCGGCCCAGCAUACUCCUUCAGUGCCAAUGUUACUGUGGAAGGAUGCACGACCUCAACGACAUGGGGCCCGUACUGCAACCAGACAGUGGAUCCUCUCUCAUGUGUUCCAUCUGACAGCUACUUUCCUGCAGGAAAUCUUUCAGGAGCCAUGCCAUACAACCAGACAAAUGAAAAUGUGGUUUCUUGUAGAAGUACUUUCGAAACUUCUUGCCUUGGAGAUGGUGAACCAAAAGUAUACUCCUUGGAUGUUGUGGGAGUGGCUGAACAGUUUACCAUUAUGGCAAUGGGUAUCAAGUUCAAUGUAACAGCAGCAAAUAACAGUGGGAAUGUUAGUGAAAUUAAUUUAAUGUGUUUUGCUCGGCAUGGUGCAAUUCCAUCGGCCACUCUGCAUGAUUAUUCCAGUAACAUAAGUGUAGCUCCCUUGUCUAUUCGCUCCCCAAAGGUUGGGCGCUGGUAUAUUGCUAUUUUACCUGUUAAUAUUUCAAAAGAACUUGGAGGGACUCGGAACACUACUACAAAAGUUUGCUAUUCCAUGGAAACACAAGUUCUUGAAUGUCCCAUAGGGAAGGCUGGAUCAAAUUGUACAUGGGAAAGAUACGUCCUUCAGACAGUUCUCAGGAGAGACUCAAACCCCUUUGAAUCCUAUUAUUUGCCGGUCAGUGCAAAAGUAUCGUCAGAUUCAGCCAAUUUUCCUCUCGAGCCCCUUGUAAGCAACUCCUCGUAUGGUGGAAAACCAGUUGAUAGUUGGACUUACUUUCUUUUGGAUGUUCCUCGUGGUGCAGCUGGAGGAAAUAUGCGUAUUCGACUGACAUCAGAUACAAACAUAGAUUAUGAAGUAUAUGCUAGAUUUGGUGGAUUACCGUCUCUUGAUAGUUGGGAUUAUUAUUAUGCAAACAGUACAAAAAGUAGUGAUGGCUCCAUGUUUUUCAUGUUGUAUAAUUCUAGCAAAGAAAAGGUUGAUUUUUAUCUUUUAUAUGUUAGAGAAGGAACUUGGGGUUUUGGAUUGAGGCAUCUUAAUGCCACUAACAAUGCUGCCAAAGAUCAAACUAUCAUGUCUGUUUCCCUUGAAAGAUGCCCAAAAAGAUGCUCCUUUCAUGGGGAAUGCAGAAUUGCUUUUGAUGCUAGUGGAUUGACAUCAUACAGCUUCUGCUCUUGUGAUCGAAGGCAUGGAGGCUUUGACUGUGGCAUUGAAAUUGUGUCACAUCAAGGGCACAUAUGGCAAUCGAUUUGUCUUAUUGGGUCAAAUGCUGCGGCUGUACUUCCUGCCUUUUGGGCCCUUCGACAGAAGGCAUUGGCAGAGUGGGUGAUAUACACAUCUAGCGGUAUUUCAAGUGGAUUAUAUCAUGCUUGUGAUGUGGGCACGUGGUGUGCAUUAACCUUUAAUGUCUUGCAGUUUAUGGACUUUUGGCUCUCUUUCAUGGCUGUGGUGAGCACUUUCGUGUACCUAGCUACUAUUGAUGAAGAUCUUAAGAGGGCAAUUCACACAGCUGUAGCUAUUCUUACAGCCCUCAUGGCUGCGACUAAGGCAACCAGGUCUUCCAAUAUUAUUCUUGUGAUAGCAAUUGGGGCUUUGGGUCUUCUUAUUGGAUGGCUGAUAGAGAUCUCUACUGCAUGUAGGUUGUGCUCCUUUUCGAUCGGGUUCUCUUUAAAUACGCCCAACAGAUGGCAAGCUAUUAAAGACUGGUUUCAAAAUCUUAUCAAGACAUUUUUUAGACGGUUCCUGUGGGGAUUUAUGUUAGCAGGUUUCACUGCAUUAGCCAUGGCAGCAAUAAGCUGGAAACUGGAAACCAGUGAAAGCUACUGGGUUUGGCACAGUGUUUGGCAUGUGACAAUAUAUAUGUCUUCGUUCUUCUUCCUUUGUUCGAAAACAAAAACAAUUGCCAUAAAUAACGAGAAUCAAAGAACCCCAGUUGGAAAUUAUGAGUUGACUCGGCAAGAUUCAUUCUCAAGAGGUGAGAGAAUGGCUUAGGGAGCGUGAGGGAUUUUUGCUUUAAGUUCCAACAAAAAUGAGUUCUUCUCAAGGAAACUGGAGAAAUUUUAGUGGCCGAGACUCUACAAUUCAUCUGAUGGCAUCAACUCUAGCAGUUGUGCCAAAUAAGACGUCUCAACUGCAUCAAAUGGAGCAGUUUGUUGUAAAUUCUUCUCCAUAUGAGUUUUUUUCCUGCAUUUGUUUCAGGAAACUAGAAUUUUCUUUUUCUUUUUUCUUCUGUAUUGGCCUAAUUAGGAAGAAAGAACCAAGACAGGGCAGAAAUGAUAUUGACUAGGAUUAUUUUUGUUUCCUUGAA